AUGGCAACAACGACAACUAACAGAAAUCUCUGUGAGACAUGUCGAAAAGUAAAAGGAGUAUCGAAAUGUGAAGGUUGUUCGAAAACCUUUUGUUAUAAUCAUUUCGUUGAUCAUCGUCAACAGUUAAAUAAACAAUUAGAUGAAGUUGAAGUAACUCGUGAUCUCUUUCGACAAACACUAAGUGAACAAACAUCAGAAUCACAAAAUGACAUUUUAUUACAACAAAUUAAUGAUUGGGAACGUAAUUCAAUUGAUAAAAUUCGACAAACAGCAGAUGAAGCAAGAAAACUAUUACUAAAAUAUACAGCUAAACAUAUUACUGGUAUAGAAAUUGAGUUGAAUAAAUUAACUGAUCAAUUGAGACAAAAUCGUCAAGAUAAUGAUUUUGUUGAAACAGACUUAUAUCGAUGGAAAAAUCAACUUAUUCAGCUAACUGAUGAACUUAACAAACUAUCAAAGAUGGCAAUUCGACAAAGUUCAAGAUCACUUAUAAACAAAAUUUAUGUUGACAUAUCAACUAGUAAGUGUUGUUGAUAUCUAUAAUUCUAUUAAAGAUAGUGAAAUUAUCUUGGAACGAUUCACAUUUUGAAAUUUAUCUUAAUAACAAUUGUAUCUUAUUGAUAAAACUUUAGAAGUCCUUAAUCCUCACAUAAAACUAUAUUGAAUGCAAUACAGGAUUUGAAUAGACUUCUUUUUUCUUAAAAUGAAUUAGAUGUAUAAAACAACAGAAUUGAAAAAAAAUACUACUUAUAACGAAAUCAUUCUUAUGAGUUGAAUCAUUGAAACCAAUAUAGUCAUAGUAUGUCACUUAAAAUCUAUCUAAAAAAGUCUUAUUGAAUGAUUAUAUUUGACUAAAAUAUCAACUAAGUAAAUUCUUACACUGCAUCUAUUUCUGUUUAAAGCUACUCAAACAAUUUUUCAUAGUGUGUAGUAAUCGAGAAAAUGAAGUCCUUUUAUUUUACUCGGAUUAAUCAAGUUAUUAUCUUUUGAUAUUUCAAUUCGUUUUCAACUUAUCAGAAUUUCGAAAAGAAUUAAACAAUUACAGAAACAAUAAUAAUGUGGAAGUUGAAAUAAUUUUCUUUCCAUGAAAAUUUACCAAGCUAUACUGUACUUUUUAUAAGCUAAAAGUUGAUGAAACUUUUUCGAAGAAUUUAUUUGAAAAGAAUUGAGAAAAACAUAAAU